ACGUAUCGGCUACGUUUGCUUCUUUCACGACAGAUUUACGGGUCCGACAGCACCAGUUCCGAAAAGUUAGCCGACUUUCAUUUUUCUCGUGCCACAUCUCAAGUCAGGAGUGUUCGUACUGCCAAUUUAUUAGCCAAAAUGACUGAACAAUCUAGCUCCGGAUUUACCAAGGAAGAAGAGUUGCUUCUGCAGGAUUUCAGUCGGAACGUGAGCACCAAGUCGAACGCACUUUUCUACGGAAAUGCUUUCAUUAUUUCCGCCGUCCCAAUCUGGCUUUUCUGGAGAGUGCACCAAAUGGAAUUGCUUCCUUCGUUGGUGUUCUUCGCAAUUGUGACCGGGCUGGGCACCUAUCUGAUGGCAAUGGCCUACAAGAACACCAAGUUCAGUCUUAAGCACAAGAUUGCCAACAAGCGGGAGGAUGCCGUAACCCGCGAGAUGACCGCGCUGCUGGCCGACGACAAAAAGAUCAGCCGUAAGGAAAAGGACGAACGGAUCCUGUGGAAGAAGAACGAUGUCGCCGAGUACGAAGCGACGACCUUCUCGAUCUUCUACAACAAUGCGCUCUUCCUUGCGAUCGUCAUCUUCGCUAGCUUCUACGUGUUGCGUUCCUUUACUCCCACCUUCAACUACAUUCUGUCCGUCGCCGGGGCCGGAGGAUUGAUGGCUCUGCUGUCGACUGGAAAGUCUGCGUAAGUUAGUUUACCGGCGAACGAUUCGUUGUCGGCCAGGAAUCAACCAGUUUUUGUGUGUUUUCCAAUAUGUAGUUUUUUUUUGAAGAACCCAAGACUUACGCAUUUAAGUUUAGGAAGGCAGGCAUUUUCUUCGGUUUGUUCUCACAUUUGAUCAUCAAAAACGAACAUAUUUUUUUUCAUAAACUCAGUACUGAUGAAGGGAAGGUUUUUGCUUCCCGUGCUAGGAUAGUUAAGAAGUAAAAACAAAAAUGCGAAAAUGAAGUUUUUCAUAGCCUGGAACCAGAGAUUCGCGUGUAUCACAAUAAACGGUAAGGCAUGGAAAAGA